UCAGACAUGACCUUAUCAACGUUAUUAGACGAACUUUAUAUCAGAACCGCGGUCCGCAACACAAGUCGGUGAAGGGUCAACUAAAAUGUAACAUCAACAGAUAAAGACUCGUUUUUUCAUAUAAAAAAAUCAUCAUUACUAUAAUCGACAUAAUUUAAUAUGUCAGUAUAGUUAUUAAAUAGGAACGGUCGAUACAUACUUGUACAGUGAGUGAAAAAGUUGAAAAGUUAAACACUACACACUGGAAUUAUAUUAAGGAUGAUAACUGUUAAAUUAUCUUAGAUAUUAUAUAUGAAUAGAGUAUAGAAACAGUAAUAAUACUAUAAUACUAUAUAUACUAAUACAAUGGACAACGAUAAGUGUGUCAACGUAAACAAACCCAAAGAGAAACCAUUGGAUCUUGACGAUGUCUUAAUAAACGAGUUGGGCCAGUUUGGAAGGUUUCAGCUCAGAAACUUAGCGCUUCUAGCUAUACCGCUCAUGAUGUCCGCAUUCAUUAACGAAUAUGUAUUCUCGGCUAUGGCCGUAAAGCACAGAUGUCGUAUACCAGAAUGUGGGGAUACUAAUGUAACCCACCAGAUCGAUCCUUUUUGGCUCAAUAAUACCGUGCCCCCUUCAGCAACAGGGCUGUCUAGUUGUGAAAGAUAUGCUCCUAAGAGUAUCGAUAUAAUUCCUGGAGACUUCGAAGAAAAAGACACAUGUCCUACAACACUAUUUGAUAACAAUCAUGUUAUUCCCUGUGACGCUGGCUAUGUGUAUGAGUCUACUAAUUCUGUCGUAUACGAAUUCGAUCUUGGAUGCCAAGACUGGCUAAGAGCUCUGGCAGGAACAUUGAAUAGCAUCGGCACAUUGCUAGUGUUGCCAAUCACUGGCUACAUAUCAGAUCGUUUUGGGCGUAGAUUGGUUCUUAUACUGAAUAUUUUUAACUUGGGAUUGUUUGGUCUAUUGAGGGCAUUCUCUGUCAAUUAUACCAUGUAUCUGAUACUGCAAAUAGUUCAAACCACCCUAGGAUCUGGCACUGUGAGCGCGGGAUAUAUCCUCGCUGCUGAACUUAUUGGACCAAAGUAUCGUGUGCUGGGAAUAGCCACAUUAUCUUCCAUGUUUGCAACCGGACAGAUCGUGAUGGCAAGCGUCGCAUGGCUGACACCAUCGUGGCGCGCUAUGCUCAUUGCUCUUCAUAUUCCUUGUUUUUUUAUUGUAACAUACUUCUGGCUAUUAUCUGAAAGCGUCCGAUGGCUGCUGUCAAAAAGAAAAUUUGAGAAAGCUAAAAAAGUUCUAGAAUCUGUGGCUAGAAUUAAUAGAACACAAAUUAGCAAUAAAUCUAUGGAAGCACUUAUGAAUCCUCCUACAAAAACAGUGACUACAUCUUCAAAAAAAGGCCUUAUUACUUCAAUUCUCCAUUCAAAAAUUUUACUGAGAAGAAUAUGCACUACUCCUAUUUGGUGGAUAACGGCCUGUUUUGUUUACUAUGGACUGUCUAUAAAUUCCACGAGUCUCUCGGAAUCUAAAUAUUCAAACUACAUAUUGACAUGUGCAAUAGAAAUACCAGGGUUCUUUACAGCGACUGUUGUUUUAAACAAAAUCGGAAGAAGAGCCACACUGUCGACAUGUUUCUUCUUCGGUGCCGUUUGUAACCUAGCGUUUAUUUUGAUAUCGCCUAAUCUUUAUGUUCUCCGCUUGAUAUUCUAUCUGCUCGGAAAGUUUAGUAUUUCAACGUCCAUGACAGCACUGUAUCUGUACACUUCAGAACUCUAUCCAACUGAGUACCGUCAUAGUUUGCUUGCUUUUUCUUCAAUGAUCGGCCGAAUCGGAUCAAUCACUGCUCCACUCACACCUGUACUUAUGAAUUACUGGCACGGAAUACCGUCCCUGAUGUUCAGCGCUAUGGGGAUCCUGUCGGGUAUAUUGGUGCUGACACAGCCAGAAACACUUGGCACAAAGUUGCCAGAUACCCUGGAAGAGGCUGAAUCUCUUGGCAAUACUCAAAAUAUGACUUAAAGCAGGAUAUUUCCCGAACCAGACGUACAUUAAGGAACCGAAAUCGGUAGCUAUGACUGAUGAAUGAACAAAAUGAUUAUAAUUAUUUUUAUUAGUAAAGUGUUAUGUUCAUAAUAAUUUAAUUGUAAAACUUACCUCAGUAAUGCUCUAGCAUUAGCCUGCUAAGAAUUAUUCGAUGAUAUUUAGUUUUUAAAUAGUUACAAAAAAAAACUUUACUUUAGCAUAGUACUAGAAUAAAUGUUUUGUGAAAAUAUCUAAUUCUCUAAAUAAACUUUUUCGUACUUCAA